CAAGCUUUGACUAAACCUCGGCUUGAGUUCUCACAUACAUAUUAAUUAUACACUCAGAAGUGGCUGUUUCUGUCCUGUCAAUAACACCUCAAACAUGGUUCUCUUGAGAUUUGCACCGUCUCCUACUGGUGCUCUUCACCUCGGUGGACUCAGGACCGCUCUUUACAACCACCUGUUCGCCAAAAAACACGGAGGUAAAUGGAUUCUCAGAAUAGAAGACACAGAUGCGGCGAGAUAUGUACCGACUGCGGUGGACGACAUUAGGAAUGCAUUGGCAUGGGCUGGUCUUCCGCAUGACUUCGGUCCUGGAAUGGAUGGUCCGCAUGGGCCGUAUUUCCAAUCAGAGCGGCUCGACCUUUAUCAUUCAUAUACACGCAGGCUCCUAGACUCUGGUCAUGCAUACCGGUGCUUUUGCUCUCCCGAUAAACUUGCUGCUACUCGCGAGAAGCUUGCGCGCACAGGGUCAAAUGCUACGUAUGACAAGUCCUGCCUCCAUCUCACGGAGGAAGAAGUUGCACGCAGAGUACGCGCUGGGGAGAAGUCCAUCGUCAGACUGAAUGAUGACAACCUCCCAGACCGUGCUUCACCCACCGAUAUCGUCUUCGGUCUCCUGAGGGAUGCACAUGCCUCACUUCCAACAGACCCUGUUCUUUUGAAAUCUGAUCUGUUCCCCACGUACCAUUUGGCGUCUGUUGUUGAUGACCAUGAGAUGGAUAUCACGCAUGUUCUCCGUGGAGAGGAAUGGCUGCCUUCACUACCGCUGCACCUCGAUCUGUAUUCGUGUUUGGGUCUCGAACCCCCUCAGUUUGCGCAUCUACCCAUCCUCUUGAACCCGAAUGGAACAAAGAUGUCAAAGCGCAAUGGAGAUGUGUCUGUCUUAGAUUUCAUGCGCCGUGGUUGGGAACCGGAAGGUGUUCUAAAUUGGCUUGCACUAGCUGGAUGGGGAGUUCACCAUGAAAAUGGGCGCCCUUCCCCACCCGGAACGCCCUCGACUCAACCUCCCGACAGUACAACCCUCAUGACGCUCCCAGAACUCAUCGACCAAUUUGAUUUAUCUUCCGUCACACAUCGCAGGAAUGUUCUUGAUCCUGCAAAGCUUGCAUAUCUUAACAAACAUCACCUCAUGCGAAGCUGGCAGACCGAACAAGGUAUUGCCUUCCAGGCAACACGAGUACAUGAUGUUGUCAAGGCUACUUUCCCUCACAGUCUAUACACAAAUGUGGAGUACAUCACGCGUGUGAUCAGCGUCUUGCAGGGUCGCAUAACAAAUCUCCAUGAUGUUCCAACACUCGCUCCGUUCUUUUUCGUGGAACCGGAUUAUGAAUUGCCCGAAGCGCGAUCCGUGAAGCGAGGACUAUCAGCUGAUGACUACGACCAUGUGGUGCGACGAGUUAUCCUGCAACUCGAGUCUUCAUCACCAUCGACUCAAUCUGAUAUUGCAGUUUUCUUGCACGAUGCGUGCGAGAAAACAGGCCUCAAGUCCAAGGUCUUCAUGACUGCUUUGAGGCACGCGCUAUCUGGGAUGAAAGCGGGACCUAGCCUUCCUGAGAUUAUCGAUGUUCUUGGUACCGAACGGACAGCGGAAAGGCUGAAAUUGGCGCUCUCAGCGCACAAAACUAGCAAUUCGGAAUAAAUAUAAUCGAAUA